UCGCGGUGCGCCGCUGCCCAGGCGCUGGGGAGGCCGGUUCAACAUGGUGGAGGUGGGCCGGGCCGCCGUGUGCGACCCCGGGGCGCUGUUGCCGGGAGGCUUCUGGGCCGCCGUGGCCGUGUGGCUGGAGAGGCCGCAGGUGGCCAACAAGCGGCUGUGCGGCUCCCGCCUGGAGGCCCGCCGGUGCGCCGCCCUGCCCUGGGCCGAGGCCGGGGGCCCAAGGCCCAGCGCAGGCCUGGACCAGAAGGAGCGGGGCACGGCCAGACCCGGCCAGGGUACCCCCGAAGCCGGCCCGGGCCACAGGCCGCGAGCAAGACCCGAGGACGCCGAGGGCCGGCGCCGACAAGAGAAGGAACAGAGGGAAGCAGCCGCAGCGUCUCUGCUUGCCUGGGGCCCCGGGCACGCUGCCAUCGGGGAGGGCGAUUUCCCCAACUCGGACCUGGAUUCUUUCUGGGAAGAUUUUUCCCGAAGCCUCGCGGGCCCUAAUCAGAAGCUGUUGGCUUUCCUCCCCUGGUCCGGGGCGGGACCGCAGCCUGAGGCUCAGCAUGAGCUGGAUGUGGUUCUCAGAACCAUCAUCCCGAAAACGAACCCGCAUUGCCCGCUUACUGCUCCUAGGAGAGAAGUAGUCGUGCAAGAUGUCCUUAAAGGAAUUGUAACAUUUUUGCCUUUGGAAGAAGAUGAUGAAGGGAAUUUAAAGGUUAAGAUGAGCAAUAUUUACCAAAUUCAGCUCAGUCAGAGUGAGCAAGAGUGGUUCAUAUCUGUUUUGAUUUUCUGUCCAGAAAGAUGGCAUUCAGAUGGAAUUAUAUAUCCCAAACCCACCUGGCUUGGAAAAGAAUUGCUGCCUAAGUUGGCCAAGUGGUCUGUCGAGGACAAGAAGAAUGAAUUUAAAAGCACCCUCUCCCUCAUUUCCAUUACGAAGUACAGCAUUUACCAGGAACUUAAAGAGAAGUAUAAAGAAAUGGUUAAGGUGUGGCCUGAAGUAACCGAUCCUGAGAAGUUUGUUUAUGAAGAUGUGGCUAUUGCCACUUACCUGCUGAUUCUGUGGGAAGAAGAAAGAGCUGAGAGGAAAGUGACUGAUAAACAGUCCUUCAUUGACCUGGGCUGCGGCAAUGGGCUCCUGGCCCACAUCCUCAGCAGUGAAGGGCAUCCAGGCAGAGGAAUUGAUGUCCGAAGAAGAAAAAUAUGGGACAUGUAUGGACCACAGACACAAUUAGAGGAAGGGGCAAUCACACCACACGAUGAGAACCUUUUCCCUGAUGUCGACUGGUUAAUUGGGAACCAUUCCGACGAGCUGACGCCAUGGAUACCUGUCAUUGCAGCCAGGUCUUCCUACUGCUGCCGUUUCUUCGUGCUUCCUUGCUGCUUCUUUGACUUUGUUGGAAAAUACCAGCGGAGGCAAAGUAAAAAGACUCAGUACCGCGAAUACCUUGAUUUCAUUAAAGAAGUGGGAUUUACAUGUGGAUUCCACAUGGAAGAAGACUGCCUGAGAAUUCCUUCAACCAAAAGGGUUUGCCUCGUUGGGAAAUCCAGAACAUACCCGCCCACAGCGGAAGUUUCCGUCGAUGCGCAGAGAAGCCAGUACAUCAGCGGCAGGCGGGGCUACCCCACGAGCCCACCAGGGAAGGUCCCCUCCUGUGCUCUGCCUGGGGCUGCCGUCCUCACUGCUGACCCCUGGGACCGUCUCGGAGCCCCAGGCGCCCGGCAUGAGGAUGUCCCUGGGGCUGAUGGCCUCUGGCUCUCUGGGUUUCGACCUAGAGAACGUGCUGAGCCCGUGAGGAACUGUGCUGCUCUCCCCCGGGACUUUGUUGACCGUGUGGUUUUGCAAGUGGCGAGCUUGUUGCUGGGAGGAAAACACACGGGAGGAGCGCCUCAAGAGGGGAGCGCGGAGACCUGGAACCGAGGAGAGAGCCUUUCCCUGGCAGAAGUGGCCGGUGAGCUGGACAAGGAGACUUUGCGGAGACUGAAGAGGGAGUGUGGCGGUCUGCAGACCUUGCUGAGGAACAGCCACCAGGUGUUUGAAGUUCUGAAUGGGAGAGUUCACAUCCGUGACUGGAGAGAGAAGCCACAGAAGCAGCAGCCGGAAGCAAGACGGAGGCGGUGUUCUGGAGCUUUCAAGACCCGCCUCUGCUGGUUUUUCACGCACCACCCUGAUGGCUGUGCUCUGCCUUCGGGUCGCUGCCCGUUUGCCCAUGGGCCUGGGGAGCUGCAGCCUUCCCAGAGCACUAGGGGGAAAAAGGUUCCAUGACCUGUCCUGCCAUGUACCCCCAAACCUGUCCUGGGUGGGGGCAAGCUGAGAGGAGAGACGGAACCAGCUCUUCUAAGCACUGUGGUUUCUAUACUGGUUUUGUUGAAAUUCACUUUUCUUCUGCCUUUCUUCAGAUUUUCAUGGAACUAUUACCCAUGUUACAAAAACUAUAGAAACUGGAGAUGAAAAAUCCACUAAUAAACCCCCCUCCAGGUGUGGGGCUUGUUUUUAAAUGA